AUGGUCCAUCUUGCAACUAUUAAGAAAGACGACGACAAAGUCAAGUCGCUCCAUAAGCGCGUCGAUUCAAUCCAGCUUGAAACCACAGAUGAUGAUGACUACUCAUCCACCGUCUAUGGAACGCGGUUUGCGACUCAAAAACUCCCCUCUACGGAGAUACCGGAGCGCGAGAUGCCCCGCGAGGUGGCUUAUCGCAUGAUUAAAGAUGAGUUGAGCUUGGAUGGCAAUCCAAUGCUGAAUCUGGCGAGCUUCGUCACCACUUACAUGGAAGAGGAAGCGGAGAAGCUCAUGAGCGAGUCCUUCAGCAAGAACUUCAUCGACUACGAAGAAUAUCCCCAAUCUGCCGAGAUCCAGAAUCGAUGCGUCAAUAUGAUCGCUCGGUUGUUCAACGCUCCCACUGACAGCGAUGAUGAGCAUCCCAUGGGAACCUCCACCGUCGGGUCCUCCGAGGCCAUUAUGUUGGGCACUCUGGCGAUGAAGAGAAGAUGGCAGAACAAGCGCAAGGCUGAAGGGAAGGACUACUCUCGGCCCAAUAUUGUGAUGAACAGUGCUGUUCAGGUCUGCUGGGAGAAGGCAGCUCGCUACUUCGACGUUGAAGAGCGCUAUGUCUACUGCACCAAGGAUCGCUACGUGAUCGACCCUCAGGAAGCCGUUGAUCUGGUUGACGAGAACACUAUUGGUAUUUGUGCCAUUCUCGGCACCACCUAUACCGGUGAGUACGAGGACGUGAAGGCGAUCAACGAUCUGCUCGUAGAGCGCGGCCUCGACUGCCCGAUCCACGUUGACGCCGCCAGUGGCGGUUUCGUCGCUCCCUUCAUCCACCCGACACUCAAGUGGGACUUCCGUCUGGAGAAGGUGGUCUCGAUCAACGUAUCUGGCCACAAAUACGGUCUCGUAUACCCAGGAGUCGGGUGGGUCGUCUGGCGGUCGCCCGAGUACCUGCCCAAGGAGCUGAUUUUCAACAUCAACUAUCUGGGCGCGGAGCAGGCCAGUUUUACCCUGAACUUCUCCAAGGGUGCUUCGCAGGUUAUCGGCCAGUACUACCAGAUGAUCCGCCUCGGCAAGCGGGGAUACCGCUCAGUGAUGGUGAACAUCACCCGCAUCGCAGACUACCUUGCGGAGCAACUGGAGGAGCUGGGAUUCAUCAUCAUGAGCCAGCGGCGCGGUCGGGGAUUGCCCCUGGUCGCGUUCCGACUCCCGGAGGACCGCGAUGAGCUGUAUGACGAAUUCGCGUUGGCGCAUCAGCUGCGCGAGCGGGGCUGGAUCGUCCCCGCGUAUACGAUGGCGCCGAACAGCAACUCGCUGAAGCUGAUGCGUGUGGUGGUGCGCGAGGAUUUCACCAUGAGCCGAUGCGACACGUUGCUUGCCGAUAUUAAGCUCGCUUUGAAGAGCUUGGGUGAUAUGGACAAGGCAAUGUUGGAGAGGUACACGUCACACGUCCAAAGGCAUUCGACAAACUCGCAUAAGGCGAAGCACACGCAUCCACACUACAAGGGAGAGAAGCACUCGCUGCAGGGGAAGACAGGAAAGACGCAUGGGGUGUGCUAG